GUUUUCUUUGCGUAUCAUAUGUGUUGAGUGGGUGACUGCGAUAGACUCAUCCUGGGAGAGUGAGCAACUUGAUUUGGUCAUGGUUGCUUAACUUGAUCAAGAAAUGCAACUGUCGCAUCAAAUCAAAAACAAUCAAUCAGCAGCAAUGGGGCACCAUGUUGGGUCCUCAAGAAGAUGAUCUUAACAUCGGCGACAUGAAAGAUGCCUCGUCGAUGCAGCUUCCGUUCCACUUCUCCCCGCACAGUUGAGCUCGUAGAAGAUUUCGCAGCGACCGCAAGCGGCCACGUUUCCCCCGCCGCGGCCCGUGUUGUCCUCGGGUUGCGUAUGCAAUGUAAAUUUCCUGUACAUGUACAAAAUACAUGACAAAUUUUGCUAAAUUGCAGAGUACAACUUGUCAUGGUAGACUAGGAUUGAAGGCAAGUUUUGUCAUGCAGAGACAGCAUUUGUACGUGUACAGGAAAUUUCCUGUGGAUAUUGCGACAGCUGCCCGAGGACGACACCAUAGUGGGGUCCACGACUAUGGAAGCGUCAGGUUUGAAAUCGACAAAGUUGAAGUGAUUUGUCAUGCAUAAAAUGCAAGGCAUGAAUUGCCUGUCUUGCCGGGAUGGCAAGUGAGGCCGAUUGUGAGCCUGUUUAGGGUUUGCAAAAGAGCUUCGAAAGUAGCAUGACGAAAGCAGUCCUCUGUGCCCAAACAGCAUGACAAAUUGGAUUCCGGUGCUCGGAAAAUUUGUCAUGCGCCGCUUGAUAAGCGGGCUUUCGACUGGUAUUGCUUUUAUGCAUGACAAACUCUUUCAACUUUGACAAUUUCAAUCCUGACACUCCCAUAACGACGAGAAGUAGAUCGCCAAACCAGAAUAAUGCGGCGCCUCAAGCUGCAGCGAAACAGGAGCAGAAUAAGGUCCCCCGGCUCGUCGUUGACGUCCACCCUCGCGUCCUUAUGCAGUAAUCUUUUCCUGCUUGUUGUUUGCCCAGAGGUUCAUCUUCUGUUAGAGCAAAAUCAUGGCACCGGUUUAUUUUCGGGGAACGGGUCAUCUUUCCACGGCGUACAAGCACUCGGCUUCAACUGGCCGACAUUUUCGCUCUUCGGGGCGUUCGACACCAAGAAGUCGGAGAAACAGGGCGGAGUAACGAGCAAGAGUGGAAACAAGAUAGGGAAGACUAGCAAAACCACUGGGAAAAGUACUUCUCCGAGAUCAUACAAUGGACACCACCACCGGCACCACCACCACAAAAGCGGUAGACCAGCACACAACAAGGAGCGAAUUUUAACGACGGAGGUUGAGCUUCAGAAAAGCAAAAGAGAAGGACCACUGGGUGGAGACAAUGUCAAUUCCUCGGGGAGAUCAGCAUCCUCUGAAGAUGAUGACGGGCUAUCUACUGCAAAAUCCUCAUCUUCCGUAACUUCUACCAUCACUGCAUCAGACACGGGAGAAGUUUCAGAUCCAGAACUGCCGAACCAAAAUGCGGAUAGCGCCGGUGAUGUUGCCAACAAGAAUAUCGUGCCUGCUGCUUUUCGCACCGGAGAAGGAGAUGACGCAGAGGCUACGCGGAGCGCCACGACCGGUGCUGAUGCGGCAGCAAAGCCGCGGACGAUUCCCGAGACAAUUAACCUCUCUGCGACUAGUUCUAGCAGUAGAGCCACAAAAAUCGGAGGACAGCGAGGUGCUACUACAACUACCGGUACUUCUAGCAAGCUGGCUGCUGGCAUGACCUCCACAUCCGAAGUGGAAGACGAAGGACAAAGCAAGGUGGUCGGCUUCAGUCACCUGCUUCCCGACGAGAUGCAGGAGAAGAUCAAAACUACGGUUUGCGCGGACACGUGCAAAAUCACCGAACAUUUGGACGGCGAGUCUGACCCAGCCUACUGCGCAGUCAACGAGUGCGAGUGCGAGCACGGGGAGGUAUAGAUGAAUUGUCUCCCCGCAAGAAAAAUCACAUCGCUAAAAACCUUGCGUGCGUGUCAUCGUCAGCAUGACGAGCUUUUUGAAUGUUGAAUUGCAACAGCUAGUCCCUCAACAUCUUUUUCAUUUAUAAGUACUUAAUCCAAAAAUCUAGGUCGCUGACAUCUGUGUGGUAUCCUGUGCAAAAGUAUCGUACUCGUAUUGCAAUCAUGCAUUACAAAUCCCUUUGUUAAGGUAAAUCUGCAUUACAAAUUUUAUUUCUCAUGCUGGGGAAAUUUGUAAUGCAUUUAUACGAGUACGAUACUUUUGCAGUUGAUAUGUGGGUGUCGGUGGCACGCAGUGCAAGGACGGGGUCGGAGACAUAGAGCUGUGGUGCUUCGAUUUUUGGGUGGGGCGACUCCACUCGCAUUUCAAGUGGUUGGGGCCGCAGUGGCGCAGAUGUGUCGGCAGGGACUGCCCUGCGCUCCCAGGCGCCGCCUCCCGACCUAGGGGCAACGAACCAGCUUCCCGAGGGCGCAGCCAUCUGUACCUCGCAGCAGGGCGGCUCCCGUAGGCUAGCGACCUAGCGUCGCCGAUGCCUAGGGGCGGGGCGUACCGGCGGCGAGGCCGUCUUCCCGGUCCUUGGCCGCCUGUGAGCAGCGCCUCCCGGCACGGGCGGUGGCGCCUCGCACUGCCCAGAUUCUUUGACUAUGGAAGGCGCCCACCCUCCCCUUUCUCAUACUCGCGCAUGGUAGUAUGAAAGGUGUCGAGGUGCGUGGGGGGGGGGGGGAACGAAGACACGCCCCGGGGAAUGGUGGGCUUGGCGCUUGUCGGGUGCGUCAGUGUUUGGCAUGUGGGGGCAUGUUGGCCGUCUUUCCGUGGCUCUGCGUUUUCCCAGCAGCCAACCGUGCGCGGGCGCAAGCAAAGCAAGGACUGGGUAAUGCAGCACUAGCCUGAUUCCACCAGUCUGAUUCCACUGGUAAAGCUGAUUCCAUUAGCCUGAUUCCAUAAAUAAGUCUGACUCCGUAAAUCCUUUAGUCUGAUACCAUCGACGACCAAAUUUAUUCGAACUUUAGGUCGCUGACAUCUGUUAUCAACUGCAAAUAUGUCUGGGUCUGGAAGAUUUCGAGACUUGUCGUGCAUAUUUUCCAUGAGACGUGAAGUCUGUGAUGCAUGCCGUAGCAUCACAGAUUUCGAGAGGGCUUUGUGAUACCUCUACCGCAUGAGAAAUGCCCUCUCCGCGUAGCACAAAAUGGAGCCCUCUUGCUGGUCAUGCAAUACAAAUCUUUUUAGAAUCCAGAGACAGCAUCACAAGUUCCAACCUUCCAGACCCAGACACUUUUGCAUUUGAUAUCUGUGUGGGCGUCGGUGGCACACAGUGCAAGGACGGGGUCGGAGACAUAGAGCUGUGCAAGCCCGGCUACCACUACACGGACGAGGGUGGGACGUUUCAAAAAUGCGGCGACUUGGAAAUCAAAAAUGGCAUCUGCGCCGCGAACACCUGUAGCUGUGUGAACGGAAAGGGCAUGCUGGGGGAGCAUUGUUUGGAGCAGGUAGAAGUGCUUCUUGCGCGAUGAUGAACUACUCUGUCAUGCGUGAAUGCGAACGAAAGUUGAUAUUUGCCUUGGAGGAAGACGAAUCGAGCAAAGACAAACGCAAAAAAUCACCAGGACUCCCCACACUGUGCCAGUUGCAACGACGGCUUCCACUUGAACGAGGCCACUGAGAAACCAACCUGCGACGCCAAUGUCUGCGUGUGUCACAACGGUGAAAAGAUUUACAAUGCGAUUUUUCAGUUAUAGGAGUUUGAUGUUGAUCGAGAUUUGGAUUCCGAUCUCGUCUAUCCAGUACGUUGAGGAGCUAGAUUCACAACGUCGUACAACAUGAUACCGACAAUAGCUCAACACGUGCGCGUACGUCAAAACUUCAAAAAAAAAAAUCAACAGGUGACCCCGCCAUCGGGGUCCCCUCUUGCCGCAACGCUGGCGACGAAGCCUGUUCCAUAUCCAGGAAAAGACACCAACCCCCAUCCAUUUUUUGCAUGACAAACACAGGAGUGUGCGCAUGUUUUGCAUGACAAAUUGGAUGGGGAUGGGAAUGGGUGUUUUUCCUGGAUACUCCAGGUGCAAAGACGGUUUCACGCUGAACAACGACACCUUUUUCUGUGAACCCAACGUCUGUCGCUGCACCGGCGGGAAAAAGGUAGAUAACAAAGAUUGUCCGCGGAACGGCAUGCAGAAGUGUCGGGCCUGCGACGACGGAUAUAAGCUGCAAGAAAACGGCACGUGUCGAGCGAACACGUGCCUCUGCGAGCACGGGAUUCCGUCCAGUGGCGUCACCUGCCGGGUCGACGGAAUAGAAAGUUGCGACGCCAUCAACCCGGGCUACCAUCCGGAGCCGGUGGACUUUGCCAAGCAACUGAUCAAGGAAGAAAGCGGAAGCAAGGAAACGUCCGAUGGCGGGUUGCAAGAUUCCUCUGGGUCGGAAGAGACAACAACUACGAACAACGAGGAAGAGAGUGAAGACCCGGAGGCUGCAAGCGACGGCUCGGACGAGACGCCAAGGGGGAACACGAGUGACGAAGAGCAGAAGGACGGGGAUUCGGACGACAGCGACGAUUCGUCCGACCAUACGCAGGUGGUGCAGUUCUUUCAAGUAACCGGACCGCAACGGAAGGGGCACAACUUCACUCGCUGGGAAAAACACAUCGUGAACAAGCCAAAGUACCAAGUAUCAGCUGCAAAAGUACAAUGAUCGCGCUCGUAUUUAAAAUCGCAGGUAUGCAUGACAGACCUUUUCUCUGGAGCAUGACAAAUUUCAUUUUUGUCCUUUCUGACGAUGGUUGUUGAAAUAUAUGCGGUAUAUCACCAUUAGCGCACUGCUUAUGCUUUUGCAAUGCAUACCUAGAAGGCUUCGGCAAGAAGGACCGGCCUAUCUACUGGAAUACCUCUAAAAGUAUCGUACACGUAUCAGUCAUAGCAUUCCUUUGCAUGGCAUGGCAAGGAAAUAGAAAUGUAGCGUUUUCAUCAUUCAUGUGGACGAAGAAUUUUUGUAGUAUUGCUGCUUCAACAACAGCUCCACUCCUUUUGCUUCCUGGGUUCGUUUUUGAUUUUGCUUUUUUGCAUGUUGGUGUCGAGCAUGAAAUGCGGGAUUUUCGUCUCCGUGAUCAUGUUUGUCAUGCAUCUGUAUCGAGUACGUCCAGGCAUUUCAACAACCAUUCUUUAUUUUGUCAUGCAUUCCGUACAUACACGAUUCUUUUUUGUUGCAUAAAGGACAAAAGAAAAAGAAUCGCGCUGCAAGAAGAGUAUCGAGAAUGGAAGUCAGAAUUCAGGCAGAUAUCCUACAGAAAAGCGCUGCUGUCUAGGAGAAACCUGUCAUGCUGAAGAUACAACUUUCAAAAGAAUGCUGUGCUUGUGCUUGAUCAUGCGCACUAAGAACAAAGCUAGCAACGUUUACAACUGAUCGUCAACAUCUGCUUGACAAACACGAACGUGGAUGAAAGGCCGCGAAGAAUGCGCUAUGAUCCAAACAGCUGCGAAAUUUCUGUUGGAUAGCCAAAACUGAGAGAAAAGAAUCGGGCAUCGGGUUUUGACGGCUCUCAACCCACCAUGGUGCCGGAAGUGUUGGAAUGGGAAGGAUAUGCAUUGCAAAACCAAAAGUAUCGCACUCGUAUAAAUGCAUUACAAAUUUCUUCAGCAUGAGAAAUGAGAUUUGUAAUGCUGAUUUACCUUAAGAAAAAAACUUGUAAUGCAUGAUUGCAAUACGAGUGCGAUACUUUUGCACAGGAUAAAGGAAAGAAGUACCACGGACCUUUCAAGGCAGUGGUGAACCAGUGCACUUGCAGCAACGGGUUUCCCGUUGUUACGGUAUAGUACUAGUUCUUGGCUUUGGUAUUGAUUUGAAGAUAUUUUCUUCCUGCAUAAAUGAUUUAUUUCAGGCAUAGGCAUGCGAUGAAAGUGCAUCUAUCAUUCGCUCUCUCAUCAAUACUUUCAUUCAGAACCCCGCCCAGAAGAAGUACUGCAAAGCCAAAUACACGAAGCGGGACGAAGACACUAUGGCCGUGGCCAUCGGGCAGGAGCAGUGCGGGACUUGCAACGCGGGGUACGAGGUCGACCAGGUAGACCGAACCUGCGACCUACUGGACGUCGAUUGUGAAAUCACCCCGCUAACUCCGUGGAACGAAACGGAGUGCGUGUACAACGAGACCAAAUUUGACAAAGACGGCACCACAAUGCUCCACGAGACAAACCAAACUGUCACCUGCGGCAAGGGAGUACAGACGAGGAGUCGGGAAAUUUUGAAUGAAGCUGUUGGUGGAGGUAAAGAGUGCCCGGAUCCGAGCAAAUUGGUCGAAGUACAGGAGUGCGAGGUUUUCGACUGCGCUUACGAGAUCAAGACAAACACUUCGGAUCCGCGUAUUUACUGAUGUUUUUUGCUUUGUAGAUUGUAAAAAACUAUCAUGAAUACGCAUGGCAAGAACAUGAGCAUCACAAAGUAAGAAAAGAAGAGUUCUGAAUUAUCAGGUUCAGGGUCUACUUCUUGCAUGACACCAUAAAUUCUAACAACACACAGCACAAAUCGCGGGCUAUGUCGGCCUGGGUUCCAUCUGCGAUUGGUAUGAGUCUUUGAAAACGCUGACGUACGAUGGCGAGUUAGUCGAUGGGGAAGAGGAAGACGUCGGCGAAUGCGCGCUGUUCAAAUCGGGCGCCACCGUUUUAGAUGCGAACGACAUCUCCGCGAUCGACAGUCAAUGCGCCGGGGUGCCGGAGACCACCACAUCCGGCUACAUGUAUCCGAAAGCGACCAAUGGCGACCAAGAGGAUUUAGCCACCACAGAAUCGCCGGACGCCAUCGGUGGCGGAAACGACACGAACGACACCAGUAGCACGACGAAUAACGCCACUAUGAACGUCACUGGAGACGAACAAGAAGCGGAACUGACAGUAGAAGAGCAGGCUGAAGAUGGUGAGGAGAGUAACGAAAAUCUUCCCGAAGGCGGUGAAGACGAGGAUACAUCAGAACUGCAAGUUUCCGAGGGGUCGUCAAGUGGUGGCGUCGACGGGAAUAAAGACGGCGCGAAUGAUCCACCAAGCGCAGAGGUGGAUCAGGAUUCGGAUGAAGAAACGAAUCCGAAUUCCGUUUUCGCUCUAUGAAUUGCAAAAGUAUCGUACUCGUAUAAAUGCAUUACAAAUUUCCUCAGCAUGAGAGAGAAAGUUUGCAAUUCGAACCUACCUUAACAAAAGGAUUUGCAAUGCAUGAUUGCAAUACGAGUACGAUGCUUUUGCAGUUCAUACGCUCAUGCCUACGACAAAGACGACCACGAGGAACACCUAUCGUCGGCGCUGUUGAAGAAGAAAGCAAGAGCAUCUACUUCGUCUUCAGCGGCCUCUUCCCCUACAACUUCAACUUCUGAAAGGGCGAAAUUGAAGGAGAUGAUCAGUAUCGCCAAAAGACAGCUCAUAUGCUGUGCAAAAGUAUCGUACUCGUACUAAUCGCUGUCAUGCAUUACAAAUCCCUCCCUUUUGGGGAAUCCGCAUUACUAAAUGCUGAGGGAAUUUGUGAUGCUAUUUAUACGAGUACGAUACUUUUGCACAGGAUAGCUCGGUAACAAGAAACAGCAGAAGUCCACCUCGUCGUCUCCACGACGUCACUUGCAGAAUACGAAAUACGAAGUGCUGAAAAAAAACUACUUCGGAAACCCUUUCGCCACGCCGAUGACCGUGACCGCAGACGGGCAGGAUCACUCUGUUAGUUCUAGAAGAUCUUCCUCACCGGCGUGGGGAAGCAACCCACCAGGUGGAGUUGUGCAGUUCUUGCAGGUGGGCGGGAAAAGUACAACGAACCAGAUGACAGGAGCACGACACAUGGCAACGAUGUCGCAGACACAGCUCCGGUUUGUGCUGCGACAUUUGGCAGAAAGAAGCGGAAAUAGUAAACAAGUAGCAUCACGACAACCAACAGGCACCACAACAGCUGCACCGCAACAAAAGUACUACAACCCCCACUCCCAGAAACUCCUUGCGCGGAAGCAGAUGUCGAAAAAGGACAUCUUAGAAGACAUCCUGGCCGGCCCGGAAAUUUCGGACGAAGAGGAGACGAAUUUCACGGAAUUAAACACAACUGUCUCUUUGGCUUACCAAAUUACCGAGUUCCGGCGGAAGUUCUGCGAAGCAUACUGUAACACAGACGAACUGUGCCGCUACUACUCCUACAGUCUCGCGUACGACCAGUGCAGAUUUUAUUCCGAGUGCGGGAGGGUCACACAGGCAGCCAUUUACGGAGGCGCAGGGGAGAAAAUGAGCAACGACAUGAUCGACCAGACGGUGCUCGUUUACUCGGACGUGUUUGAGAAGUUGCCGUGAUGGUGCUAAUGAGUGGCUCCUUGUUCUUCUUCUUGCGUGUGGUAGUAGUUCAAGAACAACUUCUCCGGGCUGCUGUGUUUAUGUCAUCUGCAAGAUUUGCCUCCAUGUGGUGGAAGUGCCAGCAGUGCAAGACGCAGCUUAUCUUCAGCUUUGGACUGCGGCAGUGGAGCGGGGACUAGUAUUUUCGCUUUCAUUGUCGACAUGAUGAAAAAAAUCGUUUCUACACCCAAAAACGAAUCUUCAAAUUUUAGCAAAAUCAACAUUUAUAUACUGAGGCUUAAGAAAAAGAAAGUACAACUCGUACUAGCCGACGUAUUGCUCGCUCAACAAUUAAUAAUUUUAGUUUGACCACAGAUAGAUAGAUAGAUAGAUUAUCACAGGAACUCCUCGUGCAGCUUUCGCUUUCCAACGCGCGGGGGGAACCAUUACAGACGUACAUUUUUUCCGACAUAAACUGCGUUGUAUUCUUAUUGUACUAGAGUCGUGUGAUUUUUUCCAUGAGCUUCCAAGAACUCUAGCUGAAAAAGUUUGAUAUUUGCAUGAUUUCGACUCAAAGGUGUUGAAACAAAUAGAAAUAGAAAAGUGAUGAACAGCGAGAAAGAACGAACAAGAAAGACUGUAGCAUAAUAUCAAAGAUUUUUGAGAGCCAUGAGUCAGGUAAAAGAUUUGCGAAGCAAACUUCCGGCUCGUCGACAGCGCAUCUCUGUAUUCAUUGUUUCAGAAAAACUUACACCCAUUGACUUUUUUCAGAAUGCACCAACUACACUGAUAAAUAGCCCCAAUAUUAUUUCAUCCAGCUGGGAGGGGUUGAUCAUCGAAUGGCAAUGGAGGCAGUUCAUUGCGUGAGCAAACUUUUUUUUUUCAAAAAGAAGUGCCUGCCUCAAAUCAAUGAAAAUGACCUGUAGAGAAAAGUAGCAGAUGUACUAGUAGGAGCGACUGUCUGACUUUCAUGAUGUUGCCCGAUUGUAUCACUCCGAUUUCAGUACAUAUGUCAGAACACCUCCUGCGGCUCCGGCUGUUAUAUUCAUGCGCCGCGACAAGAACAUGAACAGCUACAGUCGCAUGAAUUCUUCCUGUGCCUCUUGCUGCAAC